GGCAGCGCGGGCUGGGAACCACGAGUCCUGGAGUCCUUGCACGCCUUCUCUGUUGCCUCUUCUUUCUCAGCCUAGCCUAGCCUAGCCUCACCAUGGUGGACGCCUUCGUGGGAACCUGGAAGCUAGUGGACAGCAAGAAUUUCGAUGACUACAUGAAGUCAAUCGGUGUGGGCUUUGCUACCAGGCAAGUGGCCAACAUGACCAAGCCCACCACAGUCAUCGAAAUGAAUGGGGACAUUGUCACCAUAAAAACGCAUAGCACCUUCAAGAGCACAGAGAUCAACUUCAAGCUAGGGGUGGAGUUUGAUGAAACGACCGCAGACGACAGGAAGGUCAAGUCAAUUGUGACACUGGAUGGUGGCAAACUUGUCCAUGUGCAGAAGUGGGACGGACAAGAGACAACACUUGUGCGGGAGCUAAUUGAUGGGAAACUCAUCCUGACGCUCACCCACGGCAGUGCAGUCAGCACUCGCACCUACGAGAAAGAGCCAUGACCUGCCCACGCCUUCAGGGACUGCUCCUCUCCAACUGGCUACUCCUGGACUCGGCACCAGAUUGCCUACUUUUUUUCCCUCUAGCAUUUUGUAUAAAUCCAUGUUGGUUGGGGAAAUUCUUCUGGGGUCAGGUGGCACCAGCCUGGAUCCAUUUCUGGUUUCCAUUAUGUAUGUUUGUUUUUUUUUAACUGCAUCCAAAGGGUGCUCUGAGGUCAAUAAAGCAGCACCAAGGUCACCUGA